CGCUGCGCCCGGCAGAAAUGGAGGCCAUCGAGGAACUGGUGAUCCAGCCCUGCGCCUCCUCCCUCUACCUGCGCCCUUUCCGCCUCUGCUACCGGCAGAACGGCACUAAGAAGGUUUGGGACUUUAUGAGGACACAUGACAGUGUGUCAAUCCUGAUCUUUAACACUUCUCGGCAGUGCUUUGUUGUGGUGAAGCAGUUCCGCCCAGCUGUUUACAUGUGUGAAGUAGAAAGACAUUGUCCUCAAGUCUUCCAGAAUCAAGACAAGGAGAACUUCUGUCAUCUAGAGGAUCCUUUACCUGCUGUAGUAGGAGUGACUUAUGAACUCUGUGCUGGCAUUGUCGACAAACCAGAUCUUUCUUUAGAAGAAAUAGCACGUGAGGAAGUCUUAGAAGAGUGUGGCUAUUGUGUUCCUGUUACGGACCUAAGGAAGAUCACCUCUUACAGAUCUGGAGUUGGUGUGACAGGUUCUAGGCACACCUUGUUUUAUGCAGAAGUAACAGACCAGAUGAAAAUUCGUGAAGGAGGUGGCCAGCCUGAAGAAGGGGAGCUGAUAGAAGUUGUAGAAAUACCUUUAGAAGAUUCUACCAAAUUUGCUUUUGAUGAGAGUAUCCCAAAGACACCAGGUGUCAUUUUUGGCUUUGUGUGGUUCCAAAGCAACAUAGCACCCAAGCUAACAAAAAAAUAAAAUCAAAGCACAAAAGAUUUUGAGAAAAACUUUUCCAUUAUUUCUGUGCAUGCAGAAGACUGCAAGCCUGCCUGCCUUGAUCAACUCAAAUUAUCGCAAAGGGAAUCUUUCCGAAAAUAAACUUUGAAACAAAAUUAGAAGUAAAAUCCUGACACAAUUUCCACCAGUGGCAAAACCUCUUACUGGCUUCACUGGGGCUAGAAUUUGUCUCUGAGAGGCAAAUGCUGAUUCCUACACAAAACCUAAGUAAAUGUGUCCAGUGUUAGAAGCUCUCUGUUUUUGUGGCACUGCUCUAACGCUGUUCUGCAGAGAUGCUAAGAGCCUCAGUGCAGCUGCUACACAGGCUUGUCCCUGUGGUAUAUAGAUACUGGCAGCUGCUUGUUCACUGUAGUUCUCAUAGCGGUGGGGUUUUUUGGGGUUUGUUUGUUUGUUUGUUUUUGGCUUGGGGUUCUUCAGCAGCAGCAGAUCUUAAUCGUCAAAUAAUGCUAACUACAUACCUGAAUUCUGCACAGCCUUCAGGGAGGAGCUUUCUCAUUUCUGUACAGAAAAUAUUUGCAUUUCUGAACAUGCAGACCUCUAUUUCAUAAGCACACAGAAACACAUUUGUAAGCUGUUCUGCUAAUGUGUCAUUCUGACAGUAGACCAGCUCUAAGCCUAUGUGUUAGAGUGUAUUUCAACUGCAGUGCUGAGCACCAGUGACAGGGAUAUCAUGGGGGCUACCACUGGAACACAUACCCUCUGUUUUAUGGAUAAUCCUUGAUUAAUUAGAUCAGACUGUGUCCCUUAGAGCAGGACUUGGGAUGCCAAAAUUCUUUUCAUUUGAUUGUGAGAUGACUAGUACAAGUCCUUUCUUUGAGAUGUUGUGCAUCUCUGUUUGUUUAUUGCUAAAAUGAAAAAAAGAGGACUUACUCCUCAGGUAAAGCUUUUUGAAAUCUAGCAGUUGGAAGUUCUUUAUUGGGAGGUUUUAUUGUCAUUUGUGCAGUUUACAUCAAAGCCUGUACAACUUGCACAGAUAUACUGAGCAACACAGUUUAAUUCAGUAAGUGGUCUAAUUAGAAUGUAUGUUAUAUAUUCUAUCAGCAUAGUUUAGAUGUAGACAGUCAUAUGAAACUGUUAAUAGCAUAAACGAGAGAGAAUCAAGUCUGGCAAUUUAAUUAUACACUUGUUCGUGUUAUUCACUCAGUUAAUAUUAAUUAAUAUGACAACAUUAUAUAUGUUUGUAGCACUACUGAGGUACAUGUAUUUUCAGGAGACGAGUCCUGGAAAUGUGCAACCUUUCACAUAGCAAAUGGAAUAAAUUCAGUACAGAUCAACUGGAAGUAAUUGUAUCCAGUGGGUGAUUUGAAAUUGCUGCAGUCUGAAACAGAUGUAUAAAUAAAAGAAAAAGACUGAUACUUGCUGCUAUCCUACUGACAGUUACAAAGGAAAGCUCACUGAAAAGUCGCUGGAGAAAGAACAGUCUCAGCCCAUGGGAGUCAGACACCUUUUAUGAAAGUCCAAACAAAUUUACAUUGAACUGUGCCUGGUCUGUGGAUGAGUCUAGGGCUGAGUUAUCAUGAAAAGUAAAUUAAUUUUGUCUGUCUUGUGUAUUUACAUUGGAAGGUAUUUUAAGGCUGGGUCUUGGCUUCUGUGCAUCUUUACAGUGUCUAGUACAAUGUGUCCUGAUUGCUGCUGAGGCCUUUAAGGACUACUAGAAUAUGAAUAAUAAAUAAUAUAAGUAUGA